AUGUCCUCCUCAAACGCUCCCGCUGAUGGCUCUGAAUUCUUUCGUCUUCCCCGUAAUGUCUUGCCCACUCAUUACGAUCUCGCAAUCUUGUCAGAUCUCAAAUCUUUGACAUUUUCCGGUAUCGUGACUGCUACACUAGAUGUUCAUGAGGAAGUUGACAAAAUUACACUCAACGUCGGUCCAAAAUUGAACGUCGGUAAAUGCAUCGUCUCAAGUGACGCUCUCAAAACCGAGAGUAAAAGUGUUGUUGCAUUGGACGUCGAUUCUGCUCAUGAACGUGCAACUGCAAAAUUAGCAGCCAAAUUGCCCAAAGGCAGUAAGGCUUCCAUCACAAUUGCUUUCAAAGGUGAAAUUGAUAAAUCUAUGACUGGUUACUAUCAAUCAUCUUGGGAACAUGAAGGAGAAAAAGGAUUCUAUGCUUUGACCCAAUUCGAGCCAACUUAUGCCCGUCGUGCAUUCCCAAGCUUUGAUGAACCUGCAAUGAAAGCUACGUACUCGUUCACAAUGAUUCAUCGCAAGAGCACUGUACCAUUGGGUAACAUGCCAGUCACAUCUACCAAAGAUAUCACUUUGAACGAAGCACACAAGCUCCUACGCUUACAAGAACUUGAAGUGAAAGACGUUGCAGCUGCCGGCAAGACGGAAGGCAAGACUGAGAGCAAAACAGAAACAGCUGCAGCUUCUUCCGAUGUAGAAGGAUGGAGUAUUAGUACAUUUGGAAAGACUCCAUUGUUGUCCACCUACCUUGUCGCUUGGGCAAACGGUGACUUUGUGCACAUUGAAUCGAGUUACAAAUCAUCAGAUGGCCGAACCGUUCCGCUCCGUGUUUACGCAACGAAAGAGUACAUCCAUCAAACUCAAUACACACUUGAUGUCACUGCAAAGGUUUUGCCAGUCUACGAAAAAGUAUUCGCUGAGCCUUUCAUGAUGCCAAAAUGUGACACUUUGAUCGCAUCCGACUUUGACGCAGGAGCUAUGGAGAAUGCAGGUUUGAUCACUGGACGAACAAGUGUCUAUCUCUAUGAUCCCGCCAAAUCAGGUCUUGCAGGUCAAAAGAGAACCGCAGGUGUUCAAUCGCACGAAAUCGCACAUCAAUGGUUCGGUAAUUUGGCUACCCUUGCAUGGUGGACACAAUUGUGGCUCAAUGAAUCAUUCGCUACCCUCAUGGGUGAGAGUAUCAUCUUGGACAUGUGCUUCCCCGAGUGGAAUAGCGCUUCAGAGUUCAUCACAAAUCACCUCUUCCGCGCUUUGGACUUGGACAGCAAACGUUCAAGUCAUCCGAUCGAAGUGCCAUUGCAAGGUGAAGAUGUCGAAUCAGCCAUCAAUCAAAUCUUUGAUGCAAUUUCAUACGCAAAAGGUGCAUCUGUUUUGCGCAUGUUGAGUGAAAUGAUCGGCCAAGACGUUUUCUUGAAAGGUGUUGCAAAGUACAUCAGCAAGCACAAGUUUGGAAAUGCUGAAACGGUUGAUUUGUGGAAUGCAAUCACAGAAGUGAGCGGCACUGACGUUUCCAAGAUCAUGGAAUCAUGGGUACUCAAACAAGGUUUCCCAGUCAUUACCGUUACCGAAGAAGGUGACAAGAUUCGUGUGAAACAAAACCGUCUCUUGCUUGACCUAAAGCCGGAAGAAGACAAGACGAUUUGGCACAUUCCAUUGAUGCUCAAAAAAGCAGAUGGCUCUGUUGAUAAAGAUCUGUUCUUGACCGAACGCGAACAAGUCAUCCCUAAACCUGCCGGUGACGGUGCUUGGAAAUUGAACGCAGGCACGAUUGGUGUUUACAGAGUUGCUUAUUCACCUGAGCAUUUGAGCAAAUUGGGCAAAGAGGCAACGAAGAAGGACGGUAUUUUGACAUUGGAAGACCGUGUCGGUUUGGUGUCUGACGCUUUCGUUUUGGCCCAAGCAGGAUACGCAAAGACUUCUGGUGCAUUAACAUUGAUCAAAGCAUUGCGUGAUGAUCCUACUUAUUUGGUAAACAGUGCUUUGGCAAGCAGUGUUGGUGAAAUGGGUAGUGUUUGGUGGGAACAACCACAAGAUGUUCGGGAUGCAGUUGAUAGAUUCCGCUCGGAUGUCUUUGGACCAUCUGCUAAACGUUUAGGAUUCACUUUCCCUGAGAAUGAAUCUCCUGAAGCCCGUCAAUUGCGCAGUACGGUAAUCGGAGCUGCUGCUGGAGGUGGUGAUCCAUGGGUUUUGGAACAAAUGCGUGCCAACUUUGCUCCACUUUUGAAAGAUCCUCAAGAUGACAGCAAGAUCCAUCCUGAUCUUUUGCAAGUCACAUUCCGUACAAUGGUCAAAUACGGUGGAAGAGCAGAAUAUGAAGCUGUGAAGGCAGUUUACAAGAAACCUGCGACACCAAGUCACAAGACAGCAGCAAUGUUGGCCAUGGGAUCUUCUCGUGAUGAACAAAUUUGUCGUGAAACGAUUGAAUUCAUCUACACGGAUGUUAAGGAACAAGAUUUCAUGUACUACUACGCAGCCCUUUCGGCCAAUCCUGCAUCACGUAGAUUGAUCUUGCAAUCGUUACAAGAUCGUUUGGAAGAAUUAACGAAGAGAUUUACUGGCGGAUUGAUGUUUGUCAGGAUGGUGGAAUAUGCAACACGAUCUUUCACAACUCAAGAAGAUUAUGAUUCAAUUCGUAAGUUCUUCAGUACAAAGAAUACGAAACAAUUCUCAACCGGUUUAGAACAAGGUUUAGAUGCUGUACGGGCAAAUGCUUAUUGGUUAAAGAAGGAUGCCGAAGAUGUUCGUUCUUGGUUACAGGCUAACGGUUACUUGAAGUGA